AAACGAACAACACACCUUGUGGCGGUCAAACGCGCGCUUUCUAUGUGUUCAAAGAUCCACAUUGAAGCCUUUACGACCACGUGGUAUCUUGUAUAUCAUCUUCGUGACUCGAGGUGCCAUCAAAUUCUGAACCUCGUCAAGUCAAACCCCCUCUCAUCGCUCAUCGCUCAUCGCUCACCAUCCAGCGAAACUCCCAGACCAUGGCUCAACUCGUAGAGAAACUGACCGCCUCUGGUGGCACCGAAUCCGCAGGGUUUCUAAACGACAUGAUCCAACAGCUAUGGCCCAACAUAAAUGUCGCUGGCGGCAGGAUGGUCAAGGAGAUAGUUGAGCCCAUCCUCGCCUCCACACUACCAGGCCCCCUCUCUUCUCUGCGUUUCACCAAGGUCGACCUCGGUCAAGAGCCAAUUAGGAUAUCCGCAGUCGAUGUACACAAGACUCAGAAUGGAGGCAUCAAGCUGGAUAUGGAUAUCGUUUGGGAUGGCAAGAGUGACAUUGAUCUCGAAGGAGGCUUGAUCCCCAAGCUGGGAAUAAGAAACAUACACCUCAAGGGCCGGCUUUCAAUCCUUCUCGCCCCUUUGACCAACAUCAUCCCUCUAAUCGGCGCUGCACAAGUGGCCUUUAUCAACCCACCACAACUGAAGCUCGACUUUACUGAUGCAGCCAAUAUUGCCGACUGCUUCCUGGUCGACAAGGCCAUCCGCAAAGUCAUUCUCAACAUUAUCUCCUCCAUGGCUGUCCUGCCAAACCGCUUCUUGGUCAAGCUGGACUCCAAUAACGACUACUUCAAGACUUAUCUGCCCCAUCUGGGUGCCCUUCGCCUGACUAUUGAGAAGGCAACUGGAGUUCAGGGACCCAAGCACAAUUCCGUCAUGAAGUUUCUGAACAAGAUCGUCAAGGAUGUCCCUGACUGUUACUGCAAGGUCGCUGUUGGGGCGGAAGAGGAAUGGCGAACGACCACCAAGAAGGACAAUAACAACCCGGAAUGGAAUGAGACGCAUGACUUCCUCGUCGCAGACAAUGAUCAAGAGAUAGUCAUUGAUUUGCAAGAUGAGGAUCUUGGAAGCGAUGACGAUAUAGGCAUCGCCACUACCACCGUCAAGGACAUUCUGCUCGACGGUGGAUCGAAAGAGCUGGAGCUCUUCCACCAGGGCGAGCCCACAAACGCCAAGGUCAGCGUCAGGGCCCAGUUCUUCAACUUUGUUGAUGAUGCCGGGAUUCUCUCCAGCAAGAGCGACGCGGAGGAGGGCCAGAUGGUCGGACUCGCGACCGUGCUCAUCGGCAGCGUUUCAGGGCUGCAGGGCCAACGGGACGAGCUGAACCCCAGCAUCAAAGUGACGUGGGGCGAGAAGCAAUUCUUCACAGCUGCCAAAUCCUACACCCCCGGAACGGAUAUUUUCAACCCAUCCUUCGAUCAGGCCUUUAGGAUCCCUUUGACCGCUGACUUGCUCGCAAACCCUGCAAGCUUCAAGCUUACUCUCCUGAACAAGAAGGACGACCAAGGCUCCUUUGAGAUCCCCUUCUCGGAUAUCCUCCAAGCCCCUGGCUUGAUCAAGGAGGAGAGCUUUACUGUUGGUAUGGGCGUGACUGUGAGGGCCAGCAUCUCACUCCGGGCCUUGCGACUCGCCCACUAGUCCUGACCUACACCAUCGCAAACAUCUCCUAGCGCUCAAUGAUCUCGGUGUCAUUUCUGUUACAACGGAGGUUUUUUUUUAUGGCGUUAAAAAUCGUGCAUUUCCUCAAUUGUAAAAUCUGGGCAAAUUGCAAGUGUUCGAAGAUGGAUGUAUCGACGAUUAACGGUGCACAAUCGUUCAAUCCAACUAUUGGUGUUACAUGCCGAU